GGUAAUCAUAAACGCCUUAAUAGUUUAUUUCACCAUACGUGUGCACAUUGCUACAGAUCGAGCUUAGCGCGAACGGGUCCGAAACUGAUUGGGGAGGGAGCACUCGGGCAGAACCAGGUUGAGUACGAAAAAGUAAGACCCUACUAUUGUGAAACCGAAACCCGAAACGUUAUGGACUAGAUAUUGGCUUUUGCCCUUUUUGGCUUGUGGCCUAUGCUUGUGGUGGCUUUUCAUGUGGCUUUGACAGCUUUGAUUGGGCGCCACCUAGCCAAAAGUAAAAAAACGCGCUUUUCGUCUCAGGCUUUUCAGGCCUACAUGGAGGCAAACUCAGAUGCAAUGCCGAAUGUUGAAAAUAUUACUUAAAGAAGCGCGACGUUCUGUUUCUUACCACACUUGUGACUCCAUCACUGUCAUCGAAGUCUACUCGUGCAAGGUGCACAACCGACCUUGCUGACUCUGCUCGUCAGCUUCUUCAUUCCCUUUAUCGCUUGGAAAGGUGCGGGACCGCGCAGACUGGUGAUUUUCGAUGAGCACGGCGGAACCGUUUUGGCUAGGCAACAAGCAAAGAGAUACAAGCAUGUUCGAGUCAUCAUGUUCCAACCCUUCUGGUUCACAACUCGGAGAAAUGCAGCCAUCCACAGUGGAUUUCAGCAGUCGACUCGCAACAGUAAAAUCGGAACCUUGCGACACUGAAUGCCUGCCAGAGCAGAGCCAGGUUCUGGAACAGCACUGCAGCGAGUCUCCGCUAGGAGGCGGUUCCGACGGGAUGACAGCUGGGCUGGGCCACAUUAAAAAAGAACAUCAAGACACACCUUCGGAUGAACAUGGCCUCUUGGUAGCAACGACGGAACCUUACAAUGCCGUGAUUUUGGCUGGGCAGGACAGCGCGGGACAGAGCCACGACUCAGCAUCACAAGGUGACACGUCUAUUGAGUCCAGCCAGAGCACGCGCCUCCGGCGUCGCAAGCCGACCCGCACGGCCGAGAAGCCGCACAAGUGUGACGUCUGUCCUGCCGCAUUCAGCCAAGGCAAGAACUUGCGGCGUCACAAGAAGAUACACACGGGGGAGAAGCCGUACAAUUGCGACGUCUGUCCUGCGGCAUUUGGCCAGAUCACGAGCUUGAGGGAUCACAAACGGACACACACGGGCGAGAAGCCAUACAAGUGCGACAUCUGCGGUGCGGAGUUCAGCCACGGGACGUACCUGCGGUGCCACAAGCUGAGACACACGGGCGAGAAGCCGUACAAGUGCGACCUCUGUCCCGCAGAGUUCUGCUGCAGCACUGACCUGCGUCGUCACACGCAGACACACACGGGCGAGAAGCCGUACAAGUGCGAUCUCUGUCCGGCAAGAUACGGCCAGAGGACGAACCUGAGGUACCACAAACAGGUACACACGGGUGAAAAGCCAUUCAAGUGCGACCUCUGUCCUGCACAGUUCAGCCACAGCACAUACCUGCGUCGUCACAAGCAGACGCACACGAGCGAGAAGCCGUACAAGUGCGACCUGUGUCCCGCAGAGUUCCGACAGAACAUGAGCUUGCGACAUCACAAGCAGGCGCACGCAGGCGAGAAGCCAUACAAGUGCGAUCUCUGUAGUGCAGCGUUCAUCCACAGCACGAAUCUGCGUCGUCACAAGCAGACGCACACGGAUGAGAAGCCGUAUAAGUGUGACGUCUGCCCUGCAGAGUUCCGACAGAACGUGACCCUUCGACUUCACAAGCAGAGACACAUGGGCACAAAGCCACUACCAUGAUCCCCAUCAUGGAGAGUUCAGCCAGAGCAUUAGCCUGCGAAAUCACAAGCAGACGACAUUCAUGGGCCACUGAAGUACACAGGGAGCCACAGAAGUGCGAUCUCUGUCCUACAAAGUUCAGCUUCAGCACGCACGUGUGUCGUCACAAACAGACACACAGUGGCAAGAAGCCCUAGAAGUGGAUCCCCGCCCUUCAGAGUUCAGCCAGAGCAUGAGCCUGCAGUGUCACAAGGGGACACACACGGAAACAUCGUACAAGUUCAGGCUCUUCAGUGCUACGCUUUCCUUCGUGGAUACCUGUCGGACCAAAUGUAGA